AUGGCAGAGAAAAAUACGGAGUAUAACCCUGUUAAACAGGGUCCUUACAAGAGUUAUUUGAGGCAUGAUUAUCAGUAUCACAUAAAGAAUAGAGAAUCGUCGGUAGAGAAGAAUAUGUUAUUUGAUCUUGGACUUAACAUAGCUGCUGUUGCGUUGCUCUCAAUUCAACAUUCUGGAAAGCUUUCAAAAACAUCAAUGGAUGAGUUAUAUUUAUGGAACCAAGUUGAAGACGUAUCAAAUAGUAAAUUCUUUAUCGCAAGUGGAGUACCACUUGUAGUACAAUUGGUUUCAUUGGCUUCUAAAAGAUUUUCCUUGGAUUUAGAGUUCUGGAAGAUGAUAAAUAACGUCCUUUUGGCCUCCUUUUUGGUUAAAUUAUAUCAUAUACUAAGGAAAGUCAACGUAUCUGUAUUCGUUAGUGCUGCUAUCACUUGCAUGUUUUCGCAAGUUUCACUUUUCCAAGAGUUGGUAUACACUUUCAAUCUAGAUACUUAUCACUUAUUGGCGUUGGCUCUACUUGUACUACAUUGGAGGGAAUUGCAAGGUUCAAAGGACUUUUCUAUAAAAUGGUUUAUCAAUAUGAGUUUUGUUUCCCUCUCGUUGAUAUUCUCUACUAGCGGGAAAUUCAUAGGCCUAGUUUCAUGGUUAUGGUUUUUUAUUAUUUCUUUGAAAGCAUUCUGUACCCUAGUCGGCGACAUUGAAGUAUCAAUGUUCCAACUUUUUGUUCAUUUCUUCGUCAGAUUUUUUUUCUUCGUUGUUUUACCUUUCUCUACCAUAUACAUGUCUUAUUGUCAACUGUUUAAUGCAUUUGAUGUUGAGACACCAGAGCUUGCGCUUAUGUCAUCGAGCUUCCAGCAUUACGUAAUGGGUUUACAUGAAAAUGUUCCAUCUGCAAUUCGUAAUGGAAGCACUAUAAGACUUCGUCACGUUAAUUCUCUUGGAGGCUAUCUGGCGCCAUUGGAAGUUCAGUACACUGACACAAAUGACUCUCUGGUAACCAUUUCUAACAAUCCAAAUGAUGAGGCAAGCUACUGGAUAAUCGAAUUAGUAAGAGAUAUAUCGUCCAAGAAACUUCCCUCCAACUAUUCCUUGAGUAACAGCGACAGACUCAAGUUGAGAAACAAAAAGACAGGACAACUUCUUCGCGGUUCAGAAGAUAAACCACCAGUCUCUGACAAAGAAUAUGAUAGGAGAGUUUCAAAUACUGGUGAUUGGGGAUUUUCGGGUGAUCAGGACGAAACUUGGAAGCUGGAUAUUUUGUCAGCACCGACUUUAAGAGAAAGAUUAAUACCAUUCAAGCACCGUUUUAUGUUGUACAAUCCUGCUAGACGUUGCUCGCUACUUUCACAUGAUGUGAAUAUGCCAAAUUGGGCAAAUAACGAUCAAGAAGUUCUUUGUGUUGAAUCUGCAGUAAUUGACAGAGCUUCAUUCUAUAUUGAUUUUGUUGCCGAUCCAAAUCUUGAAAUUCUGGAUGCAGAGACAGACACUUAUAGAUGGUCGAGCUCUUUCCCGACCUACAAAUUGGUCUUGGAGUAUUUACAAGUGCAAUUCAAGAUAGAUAAAGGUCAAGCUAUACACUUUGAAAAGGAAAGUGAUGAAGAAGGUCAAAACUUAAGUGAACAUUACUUAUUUUUCCCUCUGCGUUUCCAAGAAAGUAAUCGUAUAGGAAGGCUACUCUGGAUAGGUUCUACUGUUGCUGUUGGACUAUAUGCUUUAAUACAAACAUAUUUGUGGAUGAACUGGAGCAUAUAUGAAGAUAACUUAUUAGGGAAAAAAAGUUUAGAGUUAAUGAGAGAAGAAGUAUCCUUCGAAUCUUUCUUAGGCUGGUUUUUGCACUUAUUUAUAUUUAACUUUAGCCUGCACAAGAACUUUUCGGUAAUUCAGUAUUUGGCUGCCUUCUUUUAUGCGGUUAAUACUCUGGCACAAUUUUUAGGUAUAUAA